GCGGUUUUGGCGGCAAGACGGCGAGCGAUCAGAGCAUGAGCCGCCGACCGUUAUCCUGAACUACUGUAGUUGUCGUCCACGAUUCCUGCUGGCGAACGAGCAUCGUAGCGUGUACGCUCUUUCUGAUCAUCAGUACUAUCGCCUGCUGUCGUCACCACUAUCGCCUGCUGUCGUCACCAUGUUCCGGCGACUAGGUUCCGUAGCAGCUCAAAGCGCCAGAAACGCGUCGCGAAGCCGCCAUACCGCGAAGCACCCCUCUUUGAACCGUCAUCUUCCCACCUUCCACUCGUCCAGCCAUCACAACUCCAAUCAUCUCCAUCCCAUCUUCCCAUCUCCCACUCUUUCGCCUCUGGAAUCGGACGCUACUGUUAUUGCAGCUGCGACGGCUGUAGCAGGCCGCCUUCUGACAUUUGAUCUUCCUUCCGGGCUACCCAGCAGCGCGCGGAGUUUCCACUCCGCGCUCCUUGCCCCUCCGCAUCCCUCACCCGCCGCUGCCGCUUCCGCUUCCGCUUUUGCUGCACAUCUUAACGCGCGGAACUUCCACUCCACGCCCGCCGCUUCCGCCGCUCCGGCCGCGGCCGCGGAGGAAGCGGAGGAGGUAGUCCGCGGGUGGGGGGAGGAUGACGGUGAGGAGGGGCUGAGCGCGGGGAGAUCCGUGCGCACGGGUGCGAUCGCCGUGAAAUGCGGGAUGACUGCCACGUGGGACAAGUGGGGGGUCAGGAUCCCCGUUACAGUGCUCUGGAUAGACGACAACCAAGUCGUGCAGGUGAAAACAAGAGAGAAAGAAGGCUACACGUCGCUGCAGAUCGGUUCCGGGCAGAAAAAACCUAAGCAGCUGACCAAGCCGGAGCUGGGUCAUUUCCGGGCAGCUGGGGUGCCCUUGAAACGGAAAUUGGUGGAAUUCCGGGUGUCGGAGGACUGUGUUUUGCCGGUUGGCACUCCCAUUGACGUCAGGCAUUUCGUACCGGGCCAAUUUGUGGACGUCACGGGGAUAACUGUGGGAAAGGGAUUCCAGGGUCCCAUGAAGCGGUGGGGCUUUAAGGGCAUGCCGGCAUCCCACGGAGCGUCGCUCUCCCAUCGAAGCCAUGGGUCCACUGGAGGCCGACAGGACCCCGGGAAGGUGUUCAAGAACAAGAAGAUGGCGGGCCACAUGGGCGCCAAGCAGCGCACGGUGCAGAGCAUAUGGGUGUACAAGGUGGAGCCGGCCAGGGGGCUGCUGUGGGUGAAGGGGCAGGUUCCCGGGCACAGUGGCAACUUUGUGUUUGUGAAGGACGCAGUGAGGAAGUGGGAGAUGCAGGGACCAGAUGCAGUGGCGCAUGGCGGGUUAGAGCUCCCCUUCCCCACCUUCUACCCCCCUCAUGGUGAAGACCUGGCGUCCUUGCCUCCUCUCCUAGCGGAUGCUGGCGAAGUGGACCCUUUUGUGGCUGAAGGAUAGGGUUUCGUUGGGGUUUCCUCCUCUUGUAGCGAAGGUUUGGGGGUUUGGAGCUGCCCUUACCCACCUUCUUCUCCCCUCCUGGUGAAGACAUGGCGUCCUUGCCUCAUCUCCUAGCUGAUCCGGGCGAAGUCGACCCUUUUGCCGUCGAAGGAUAGGAUUGGUUUGAGGUUUCCUGCUUUGAUGGGAAGACUUGGGGUUUGGAGCUGCCAGUUGCUACCUUGUUCCCCCUGGCUGGUGAUGACUUGUAGGAAGUAAAGUUGAAUUCUUGAUGCUGGGGAAGUCAAUUGGACCCUUCUGCAGCCAAAAGGCUGGUUGAAGCUUCCUCUUCCUAGUGUGGAAGUACCUGGGCUAGUGCUGACCAUCCUCGCCUUCUUCAGCUCUCCUGGCAAAGUCACCGUAUGCCAGGCUCGAAUUGC